GUGGGCUCCGCGUUAAAAGUUCUGCCGUGUCUCACGUGUGGGGUCUCUCUACGUGAGUAAUAGCAGCAAAGCGCUGACUGUACGUGAAAGAACUAAUCCUGUUGUGGAUGUUUCAGUGACACAAAGGCUAAGGAAUGGAUACAACAACCACACGCCAUGCCAAAGCCAUCAAGUGGUCACGUCUGAAAGCGACGACCUCCCCACCUGCUAGUCUGCAACCACCCCGGAUUUCAUCUGGCCAACAAUAUCCGCUGUAAGGAGUUGUACUAGGAAGUGAAUUGGCUGAGGCUCAUCUGGAAGAUCAAGGCGUGGUCCUGUGGAUUCUGUGAAGCUCGGUGGUGGUGGUUGUGUGUCACUAUCUGGUGUUGUUGAUUCCCAUGGAAUAGAGCUUCUUCUGUAUCCCCUCUCUCUCCCCGUCACUGUUCUUUGCCCCUGCCCUCUCCCCCUCCCUCUCCCUCUCCCUCUCCCUCGACCACCUCUACUCCCUCUCCCUCUCCCUCGCCCACUUCUACUCCUUCUACCAUUCACACUCUCUCCGCUGUUCUCCAACUCACUCCUACUCUCAUCUCUUGCAGGUGCAGGUGUUGCAAGAUCUCUCCUGCAUCAUCUGUUAUUGUGAUUAGCUAUCAAUAAUCUUUUGUCAUACAUAUUGUUCUUACCAUUUGUGUUGCAAUCAUCAUUUUCCGAUUCUGUUCCAGGGAUUGGAAAGUCAGGAUCAUCAUCUAUUUCACUGUCAGAAUCGCUGCUGAAUGACGCGUCUAGCAGGUCCACCGCUUCGAGCGCCGUGUAUGUAGCCAUCGCUGUUUUACUACAAUACACUUGCACAGCUGCACGAGUGCGCGUACUAUAUAGCCCCGCCUUUUUUCGCUGCACUCACACUGAAGGUCAGAAUUCAACUCAGAGCCUCACGAGUAGUGUCUGCUCUCCGUGCUGUGCGAGUUACAAGAAGCGUUGGCA